UAGAGGAGAAACAGUGAGAGAGAGAGAGAGAGAGACGGAGAGGGCAAACAGAAGUAACGCCAAGCUGUCGUAUCAGGGCCGGCCAACAUGCUCGGGACCGUCGACGAUGACAUCGAGACCCUCAUCGGCGUGCACCGUCGCUUCGAGGACGCGGACGCCGCUGGCUCCCGUGCCAGCCUCCGGUGGCUCCGCCCUGUGAAUCGGGUCCGUUGGGCGCGGCGGAACGUGGGGGAACGGCGGUGCUGUGAGGCGCUACGCUGCCGCGGCGACGGCGGCGCCAUCGGAACCCGCUGGGGGAGGAGGAGAAGGGUGCGCCCGUCGAGGCACGUAGCGAAUUCGAUUUGCCGGAUGGAUGAGUCGCUGGCCGCUCGCAUGUCGGAGGCGGCGGCGGGGAACGAGGAGGCGACGGCCGCGGGGAACGAGGAGGCGGCGGAGGGGUCGGCGCUGGCGGAUUUCCGGUCGAUGGAGGAGGAGCUCACGGCGGUCGGAAUGGAGUCUCGGAAUCAGGAGAUAUUGAGGAGGAUGGAAUCGUUGAUAACGACAGUAGAGUAUCACCGGGCUUCGAGGAGGUUGGAGGAGUUAUCUUUGUUCUCUCCUCCUGCUUGAGAACAGUGUGCUUGUUGACUCAGAUGGUUGCUUUUUUGUAUUUGGACCGAUGAAAGUGGCAAGUGCAACAAUUCAAUUCUCUCUGGCAAAUAAGCACAAUUAUUGUUCUUCUGAAGAUGGAUUUCGUGGUCAAACUAAUGGCCUUGGCAUUGCUCAAUCAUGCUAGACCGGCUAUGGUGAAUAUAUAUGCCUUGGAUGUUACCUCAUCAGUAAAGAUUUAUGGAGAUUAAUGGUGGUAAUGACAAUUGCUACUGUCGACAUCUCGGGAAACAGUCACUGAAGAAAUGGAAAAUGACAAAUCCAAAACGGAAUUUAUUUGAAAGAUGUCUAUUUCUUGUGUCAUGCCUUGCUAAUCAUCCUUGGUAUUUGAGGUACAUUUGGCUAUUUAACAAAAAGAGAAUUGUGUUCA